AAAUCCUCUGGUAUGCUUCGUUUUUUACACUUACACUGGCGUAUGUGCACAGUCGUACACAUAGCCUUUCAAAAUAUACUCCAUUUGACAUGCACGCGUACACAGGAGGGCGACGCAUGUGUAUUACGACAGCUUGCACUACUCCUCCUGGCCUAGAGUCGGUACAGAGCAGUAUAGCAGGUCUUUUUGGUGUGAAGGACGAUAGCAUAGAAGAAUUACAAAACACAAAGAACAAUGCUUGGGUAAUCUCUUGCCACGAUUAGCACCCGUAUACAAAUCCUUAUACUCUUUAAGGCUAGGAUUAUACAACUGCGGGUACUUUCUAACCUGUACUCGUCUGUUCAGUUUUUUUCUUCAACUACCUUGAGAAUCAACGGCACUGGGUCACUGUUGCCACCUUGUGGAACGACUAAGUGGUGCAAAAGAAUUAAAUGCGCAUGUGCGACCUGCGCAUACAAAGUACGCACGGUUAUAAAAAUCAGGCAACGUGCUUAGAGUACGUUCGUGCUCUGCUGAUGAUGAAAUUUGCGUCACGCUUACUGUGCGCUGUUCCUUGCAUAAGCGUAAAAAGCGAAGCAUACUUUCUGCUUAAGCCUCUUGUGGGUGAAGAUCAGUCUUGAACAUUCUCAGGUAAAGCAGUUGAGUGAGAUGACACAUGCAGCCAUGACUCACUGGCUUCAGUUUAACGGACAUUUUGAUAUUCUUUAUAUAAUAUUAAACCAUUGUUCAGGACAAGUUCUUUACUGCUUAGAUUUCUGAUAUUCUGUCCCUCUUUGUCUUCUGUGGAUUCGGUGCAUGUGUGAGGUUGUUUUACAACAUCUCUGGUCAUCGGUCACAGCAAAAAGAGGGAAUGGCACUCUGUUUUAUGUGUCGCUUGAAAGCAACUGCUGUAGAAUCAAUGCCGUUUUUGAAACAGAAGAGAAAUGAAUUGAGAUUGUGAUUAGCCUCGGGAUGAUUGACCAUUGUGUAUCAAGAACCACAGAUAGAUUUAAACUUUCGUGAUGAGUAUCAUGUUGGACGAAUUAAAUGCCUGUCUGAAACCUUGCCUGUAUUGUAUCCUGUACUAACCUGCUGUCUGACUUGAGUGAAGAGCAACAAGGUGUUUUUUCUAAAUAUUUAUUUAUUUAUUUAUUAUGCAUGUUAAAAUUCAUCUUAGCUUCCUUUGUCUGUGCUGCCAAACAGAUGAUGUUGUGAAUGCCUUCACUGCCAAAUCACGAAUAGGAGUCUAAAUUAAGCAAAUGAAACGGUGUGGUGUUUAUCAGGGCGACUUCACUAAACUAGAAGUCAAUAAGUAUCUUCGCUGCUGUUAAGUGUAGAGCACAUGCACGUGUCAUUUAAUUUACAUUUCAUAAGGAGCUGGGUUACAUCUAAUAACUCUUCACAUUUAUUUUCAGUCCUGACUGUAGUUUUGCAGCAUUCCUGUUAACGAGUAAUUAAACCAAGAUUAAACCUGACUAAACGCUAUUGCGGCUACAGUCGACUCAUGACCAGCCAUUUUUUCAGCUGGUAAGUGUGAUAGACUUGUGUGUUGCAGGUGGGUGUCAGACUGCAGUAGCAGAGGUUAUGACACAAAUUUAUUUAAUCAUUUAAUGCACAUUCUUCCACCGAACAUUCUUUUACAUAUUAAUAACGUUGCCACAAAAUGCAUUUAUGACACCUGAAAAAGAUUAAAAUAACAUUAAUACUAGGGAAAACGACACCUUAUAUUGUAAAUCCUGGUUUACAUUUCUUGCAGUUAUAUGUUUUGAUAUUGCAUUUGUUUGAUUUGUUGUCAUUACAGAAUAAAUACAUUAAAGUGUAAUAAUCUAUUGGUCAAUAUUGUCUCGUGAAGCCUGUAUCAGGAUGUGUCUCAUACUAUAGUUUUAGUGUAGCGUCUCAUGCCUAGCCCUACCCAGUGUUUGACCCCAAGAACGGUCUGAUUUCUUCAUCCUGAGAGAAGCUGCAGCACUGGACUAAUAACAAAGAUGCUGUUUUUCUCUGGUUUUGUUUCUUCCCCUUGAACACACAGGGUGCACUGGGUGUUGUGGUGUUAUUCAUUCCUUACCUUGUUCUUGAAUUUGUUCUUUCCUUUUGGUGGGUUUCAGGUCCAGAGACCCCCCGGCCCUCCUUACACAGCCCAUGAAAUCAGCAAGGGACACCCGAACCUUGCGGCCACACCGCCGGGCCACGCCUCCUCACCCGGCCUUUCUCAGUCGCCGUACACGGCGGGUCAGAAUGCCGGUACAGCCCCGCUGGUCUACUCACCACAGACGCAAACAAUGAACGUCCCACCUCAAAGCCGCCCGUUUGCCCCAGGGCCUCGUCCUACCCAUCACCAGUUUUUCCAGAGGACUCAGAUGCAGCCGCCGCGGCCCUCCAUUCCAAGCAACAGCCCUUCGAUUCGACCCGCAUCUCAGGCCCCAAAUGCCACUGUAUACUCGCCGAGCCCACCCAUCAUGAUGUCCAUGACGCCGAUGCCCUUCGCUUCCCCCCAGGCUGCCCAGUACUACAUACCCCAGUAUCGCCACAGUGCUCCUCCAUACGUGGGGCCUCCUCAGCAGUACUCGGUCCAACCCACAGGACCCAGUACCUUCUACUCUGGACCUACUCCUGGAGACUUUCCUACAGCAUAUGCUGCGGGGACUCAAUACUAUCCUGGUCAGGCCAUGUACACCCCGUCUCCAUCCAUAAUAGUGCCUACACCGCAGCAACCUCCACCUGCCAAGAGGGAGAAGAAAACCAUCCGUAUCCGAGACCCUAACCAGGGCGGCAGGGACAUCACAGAGGAGAUCAUGUCAGGAGUGGGUGGGAGUCGAAACCCUACUCCGCCAGUGGGACGGCCCUCCUCCACCCCUACUCCUCCACAGCAGCUGAACCAGGUAGUGGAACAUGGGCAUGUCAUCUAUAAUGUGGACAGUGCCCAGGUCCUCCCUGCUCCUGUCGACUUGAAACCAGAUGACAAGCCAAAGCUUGAGAGUGCUGUACAAAAAUCUCCAUCUCCAGGACUGCGCGCCGUGGAGCCUCCUGUGCAAAGGCGAGAGCCCAGCAGCCCUGUCCCUGACCCACACCCCCCAGAGAAAUCAGAGCUUCCUCCCUCAGACCCAGAAGUGGCCCAGAGUGUAGUUCCAGCCUCAGUUCCCUCUCUCAGCCCCUCCAAGCCCAUCUCAGCAGUGGAUGCAGCAGAAAAGCCCACCCCUCCAGCCGAGCCCAUUCCUGCACAAGCUGUUACACCAGAGCCAGAUAAACCAGAGCCUGUGCAAGUGCCACCAGAGGUGCCAGCUUCUGCAGCACAGGCUGUAAAAGCCGUUAAUGGGCUAGCUGAAUCGGAUGCCGCUCCUCCUCAUGACGUCUCCGAUUUUCUGCCCCUGUCCCAUUCAUCCACAGAGCCCAGUACUAUCCUGGAGAACUACAGUUUAGAGGUAAAGGCUCCAAGUCCUCCAGCUUUGGAAAUUGAUUCUUCAGGCACUAUGACCCCUUCCCUGCCCACCAUCAUCACUGCUGUUGCUGUUAGAGCUGUUCCCACACCUCCUCCAGGUCUCACUCAUCCAAGCCAGGCUCCUGUAGAGGCAGGUCCAGCCCAGACAGCCUCAACUGGGCCAGAGAAAAGAGAUGCUGGAAAAGAGGCAGAGGUUGCCCUGGAAGAGAAAGUUGAGCCCACAUUACAAUCCAACGUUAGACAAAGUUCAAGUCAAGUUGCAUCUAGUGUACCAAAGACCUGGAAAAAGCCAAAAGAGGAUGCUCUUGUGGAGCAGGCCCAGUGUCCUGACAGAGAGGAUAAGCCUGAGCCAGCCAUAGAAGCUACAGUGGAGAAUUCCAGCCUGUCAUCUGUGGCUGUGGAGCAUCGAUCUUCAGCAGAAACACCAGUAGAAGAGAACGGAGAGCAGGAAGCAGAGCCGCUGAAGAAUGGACCCGAGCACAGCUCUGAGGCUGAAAGCAGUGAUGGAGUCCUCACACCUGCACUUGAAGAGCCCAACAGCAACACAAUUCAGAAACUAGAGCUGAAGAAUGGGAAGAGGCAGUACAAUAGAGACUUUCUAUUGGGCUUCCAAUUCAUGCCUGCCUGUGUGCAGAAGCCGGAUGGGCUUCCACCCAUAUCUGAUGUGGUACUGGAUAAGAUAAACCAAAAUAAGCUUCCCCUGCGGCCGGACCCACGGGGGCUCAUCUCCAGAGGCCCAGACUUCACCCCAGCUUUUGCAGACUUUAGUAGGCUCAUUCCUGCAGGGAGAGGAGCACCGCUUCUGAAUGUAAGUCUGAGACGCCCUCCUCCCCGCAAGAUCAUCAUGAAUGUGUCUGUGAACGAUGAGGUGCAGCUGAAGAAGUCUGAGAACGCCUGGAAGCCUGGCUUGAAGAGAGAGAACCCCGCAGAGGACCCGGAGACCCAGAGAACUCAGGAUCUUUUCCGGAAGGUGCGCAGUAUCCUUAACAAACUGACACCACAGAUGUUUAGUCAGCUGAUGAAGCAGGUGACAGACCUCACCAUCGACACGGAGGAGCGCCUUAAGGGCGUCAUUGACCUGGUUUUUGAGAAAGCCAUUGAUGAGCCCAGCUUCUCUGUAGCGUAUGGCAAUAUGUGUAGCUGUCUGGCUACGUUAAAAGUGCCCAUGGCAGACAAGCCCAACAGCACUGUGAAUUUCCGAAAGCUGCUGCUAAACCGCUGUCAGAAAGAGUUUGAGAAGGACAAAGUGAAUGACGAUGUCUUUGAAAAGAAACAGCGGGAACUGGAAGCAGCUGCCUCAGCCACUGAGCGUGACAGGCUACAGGAGGAGCUGGAGGAGGCUAAGGACAAAGCCCGCAGAAGGUCCAUUGGUAAUAUCAAGUUCAUCGGGGAGCUAUUUAAGCUGCGAAUGUUGACCGAGGCCAUCAUGCAUGACUGUGUGGUGAAACUGCUGAAGAACCACGACGAGGAAAGUCUCGAGUGCCUCUGUAGGCUCCUCACGACCAUUGGCAAAGAUCUGGACUUUGAGAAGGCCAAGCCACGAAUGGAUCAGUACUUUAACCAGAUGGAAAAAAUAGUGAAGGAGAGGAAGACUUCAUCACGCAUUCGUUUCAUGCUCCAGGAUGUAAUUGACCUGCGCCUGCACAACUGGGUAUCACGGAGAGCUGAUCUCGGGCCCAAGACCAUUGAGCAGAUCCACAAGGAGGCCAAAAUCGAGGAGCAGGAAGAGCAGAGGAAAGUUCACCAACAGCUGCUAUCCAAGGACAAGAGAAGACCAGUAAUUCAAAGAGAGGAGACCUGGAACACUGUGCCUGUGCCUAAGAACAGUAGAACAAUAGACCCCAACAAGAUCCCUAAAAUCACCAAGUCAACAAUAGAUGAUAAGAUUCAGUUGGGACCGUUGGGACGAGCACAGCUCAACUGGAUGAAGGGCAGCAGUGGAGGAGCUGGAGCCAAGGCCAGUGAAUCAGAUAUCUUGCGCCCCAGCAGCCUGAACCGUUACUCACCGCUUCAGCCCUCAGUCCCAGCUUCUGCCUGCACUCCAUCUGCCUCCCCUGACAUUGACUCUAGAGGAGGCCUGAGCAGUCGUGGAAGCUCGGGACGGGAACGCAACGAUAAACCAUUGACUUUGGGUCCUUCACGGUCUGGUCCUCCGUCUGUGGGCGGAACAGCGAAGGAGGCUGCUGAGGAGCUUCCACAGGAGGAAAUUCCCAAGGACACGCACGUCCCUGACACACCCAAACCGCAGCCCAGCACAGCUAGCAGAAGCAAGCUGGAGCGCAGCCAAUCCAGGGAAUCUGUAAAACUUGAAGCAAUGCCAGGCCCUACUACAGACAAGCCUGUGUUAUCAGAGGAGGAGAUGGAGAAACGGUCCAAGUCCAUUAUCGAUGAGUUUUUGCACAUUAAUGAUUACAAGGAGGCCAUGCAGUGCGUGGACGAACUGGAACAGGCCACAAUGCUAUAUGUUUUUGUGCGGGUGGGUGUGGAGUCCACGCUGGAGAGGAGCCAGAUCACGCGCGAACAUAUGGGCCAGCUGUUCCAUCAGCUGCUGCAGGCUGGGAGCCUCUCCAAAUCUCAGUUCUUUAAAGGGUUUUCAGAAACCCUUGAGAUAGCAGAUGAUAUGGCCAUUGACAUUCCUCAUAUAUGGCUGUACUUGGCGGAGCUAGUUAAUCCUGUGCUCCGGGAAGGAGGAAUCUCUAUGAGAGAAUUAUUUAGUGAAUUUAGCAAACCAUUACUCCCUGUGGGAAGAGCUGGCAUAUUAUUUUCUGAAAUAUUGCACCUUCUAUGCAAACAAAUGAGCCAUAGGAAAGUGGGGGCCUUAUGGAGGGACUCUGGACUGCGCUGGGCUGAUUUCCUCCCUGAAACAGAGGAUGUGCACAGCUUCAUUACUGAGCAGAAACUAGACUUCACUCUUUCUGAUUGCUCGAGUCCACCCGACAUGGCCUUUACGAGAACACUCUCACCCGAAGAGCUGAACAAACAACUUGAAAAACUCCUCCUGGAGGAUGUGGCUAGCGACGAACAAAUCUUCGACUGGGUAGAGGCAAAUCUGGAUGAGUCGGAAAUGAGUUCACCAAUUUUCCUCAGAGCUCUGAUGACUGCUGUGUGUAAAGCAGCAGUCAAAUGUGAGAGUUCCUCCUGUAGAGUGGACACGGCCAUUAUCCAGAAGCGUUUGCCUGUAUUACACAAGUACCUUAACUCGGACACGGAGAGGCAGUUGCAAGCACUUUACGCACUUCAAGCUCUGAUAGUGAAACUGGACCAGCCUCCGAACUUGCUCCGUAUGUUCUUUGACUGUUUGUAUGAUGAGGACGUAAUAUCGGAGGACGCGUUCUACAAGUGGGAGACCAGCAAAGACCCGGCUGAACAACAGGGCAAAGGAGUAGCGCUCAAAUCCGUGACGGCCUUCUUCACGUGGCUCCGAGAGGCUGAGGAGGAGUCGGAGGACAAUUGACAAAAGGGGAAAAAAGGACAUGUUUGUGGGCGUGUACUGACAAAGACAAUAGUCGCUGAAACAAUAACCGCAUCUUCUAAAAUGAAAUACAAGCAAACUUUAUGUAUCAAUGGGAAGAAUGAAGCGCACCAGUGCAAAUGGGUACAGUUCACUGACGUAAAGCGACAUGACGACUUACAAUUGCUGGAGCACUAAAAAUACAUGUAUUAUUUAUAGUAAUAUUUCAUUUAAGUUUUUAAUUUUCUCUUUUGUUACUUUUUAAGGAAAAGGACUUUAAUAAUGCAUUUAUGUGCUAUAAUGAAACAGAAGCUCAGUUCAGACUCUAAUUUAUGAUUUCCCCCUCCCUCCCUUUUUGUCUUUCUUUUUCUAUUUUAAAGACCUGCAAACAAUUGUAUUUAACAUUUGCAGAUGGUCAAAAUGAGGCAUUGGUGGAUAUAGAAAUAAAUAAUGUUAAUAAUGAUAAUAUAAUAACUGUAAAAA